GCUUGAGCUUCAAGACAAGUCCGGAUUCGAAUUUUGGUGUUUAAGUUUGACGAUAUGGAACGAAAAGCACCCCUUGUUCACUUGUUUUACAUCUUUUUCCUCAGUCACCUGGUCUUUUGUCAACUUGAUUAUAGAUUCUAUGACAACACUUGUCCUAGUCUCACAAAGAUUGUUAGAUAUGGUGUUUGGUCAGCCAUUGCUAAUGAUACUCGAAUGGCGGCCUCUCUCAUUCGGCUUCACUUCCAUGAUUGUUUUGUUAAUGGAUGUGAUGGUUCAAUCUUACUUGAUGAUAUUGGCUCAACAUUUGUGGGGGAGAAAACUGUAAUUCCUAAUCAAAAUUCAGUAAGAGGCUAUGAGGUUAUUGACAAAAUUAAGGCUAAUGUUGAUAAAUAUUGCCCAUCAACUGUUUCCUGCACUGAUAUAUUAACACUUGCAGCAAGAGAUGCUGCUAAUAUUGGGGGAUCUUAUUGGAUGGUACCGUUAGGUCGUCGAGACGGCCGGACAGCGAAUAAGACUGCAGCUAAUCAACUUCCAUCACCAUUUGAGUCGUUAGACAACAUCAUUGCAAAGUUCAAUUCAAAGGGUCUUGAUACAAAGGAUGUGGUUGUUCUGUCAGGUGCUCACACCAUUGGCUUUGCUAAGUGUUUCACGUUCAAACAAAGGCUCUUCAACUUUGGUGGGUCGGGCAAGCCCGACCCAGACCUUGAAACAUCAUUUCUCAAAGGUCUACAGAGUGUGUGUCCAGAUCAAACAGAUUCAGACUCCACUUUAGUUGCUUUAGAUUCUCUCACGACUAACAGAUUCGACAACGGAUACUACAAAAACCUCGUCAACAGCUCCGGUCUUUUGCAGUCGGAUCAUGUGCUUAGUACAGAUAACCGAACUGCUUCCAUGGUGGUUAACUACAGCAAAUACCCUUAUCUGUUUUUAAAAGAUUUUGAAGCAUCAAUGGUGAAGAUGGCCAACAUUGGUGUUCUGACCGGACAAGACGGGGAGAUAAGGAAGAACUGCAAAGUGGUCAACUAGAUUAGGCUUUUUUGUUUGUCAUCAAACUUUGCAAUUUGAAGUGUUUUCAGGUUUCUAAAUGUGAAUGACUGCAUGUAAAAAUACAAGGAACCUU